UUACCAAACACUUCCGGUUGUGGAAUAGGCAACACGUGAAAAGGAGUGAAAAGUCAACAUGCCUAAAAUAGUUGAAAAGAAAUCAUCAUACGAAAAGGAUAUACCUUCAAAUCCCAAAGAUUGGAAGAAAUUGAAAGAAGAAAAAAAACGACAGAAAAGAAAAUGGAAGGAAGAAGCAUUAAUAAAAAAGUUGGAGAAAGAACAACAAAGACAGAGAAAUGAAGAGGAAAAUAAAACAAAGGCCAUUGAAGAGGAGAAAGUGAAAGAAAGAUUAGGAGCCCAGCAGACCAUCUCCAUAGCAUUACCUGGAUCAAUACUUGACAAUGCUCAGUCUCCGGAGUUACGCACUUACUUGGCAGGACAGAUUGCUAGGGCUGCUGUCAUAUUCAAUGUUGAUGAAAUUGUGAUUUUUGAUGAGACUGGCUCAACUUGUAGGUCAGUGGAAGGUCAGUAUGAUGGAGUCGGUAAGAAAGGACAGGCCAACGUCCAGUUGGCGAGAAUCCUGCAGUACCUCGAGUGUCCACAGUACCUACGUAAAUCCUUCUUCCCCCAGCACAAAGAUCUACAGUAUGCUGGUUUACUGAAUCCGUUGGAUUCUCCACAUCACAUGAGGGCGGACCAGAAGAGUUACUAUCGUGAAGGAGUGGUAGUAAACAAGCCGGUCACUACAGGAAAGGGUUCCUUUGUUAACGUGGGUCUCCUGAAGGAAGUUCAGAUAGACAAACAACUACAACCAGGUGUAAGAGUAACUGUCAAACUUUCAGAGACAGAGACAGAGAAAAAGAACUUGAAGGGGAAGGUGGUUGCUCCGUCUCUGCCGAAGCUGGAGGCGGGGAUUUACUGGGGUUACCAAGUGCGACUGGCUAGCUCUAUAGGGUCCGUAUUUACAGACUGCCCAUAUAAGGAGGGAUACGACUUGACCAUUGGUACGUCAGAGAAAGGCCAGUGUGUUGAUGGAAUGACAAAGACACAAUACAGACAUGCCCUGGUGGUGUUUGGUGGUGUAAAGGGACUGGAGUGUAGCUUGGAGGCUGACGAGGCGUUGGGUGAGGAUGAUCCUAGUGCACUCUUCCAACACUACAUCAACACGUGUCCCUGUCAGGGGAGUGGAACCAUACGUACUGAGGAAGCCAUACUGAUCACAAUGUCAGCCCUCCGCCCGAUGCUAUCUCACACAGACACGGAACAGCAUACGUCUUGAUAUAAAUAAAACUAU